AUGGAAGCUCAAGUGUAUUUUUGGUUUCUGGCUCUCUGCGUAUGUGUUGCUGCCUGUGAGGUGCUCUGCCCCUACACGAAGGUGGAGGAGAGUUUUGGCAUGCAGGCGAUGCACGACUUCCUUUUCUGCCGCAGCACCGCCUGCGGGGACCAUAUUGACUUCCCAGGGGUAGUGCCGCGAACGUUCUUCGGGGCCUGGCUCACUGCUGUUUUGGCGCUGCUACCCUUUGCAUUUGUGGUGGAGCCGGUGAACGCUCUGUUUGUUCUGUGGCUUCACCGCCUAGCUGGGGCGGAACACGCACCGCAGGAAGCCGCUACACAGCUGCUUUCGAUUGAGCGGGUGGUGGUGGAGAACCCAAUGCUGCUCUCGCACGCGUGUCGCCUCGUCUUGGGCUUCUUGGUGUGCGGCGCACUGUGUUAUGCGGCAAGGGGCAUUGAUGUAUGCGAAAAGACAGUAGUCUUGCCGGCUGGUCAGGUUGGUCGCUUGCAAUGUCGUGCAUCAUCUGUUUUUUUGCUCUUGUGCAUCGCGCAGUUUCACUUGAUUUUUUACGCGACACGCCCACUGCCAAACACGUACGGCCUUAUUCUCUGUACGCUGGCGUGCGGUUGCACGUUGCGUGGGCGACAUUAUAAAUCCAUCGCGUUGCUGAGCGCCGCGGCAGCGCUCUUUCGCUGUGAUAUUCUUGUGCUACUUGUGCCGUAUGCACUAUUCCUGCUGCUGCGGCGUGACGUUUCGCUGGUGUGGGGUGUAAUGACUGGUAUUUGUGCAGUGGGGGUGGCGCUUUACUGCAGUGUGGGCUUGGACAGUUUUCUAUGGGGACGUUGGCUCUGGCCGGAGAGCGUCGUGUUGCUUUUUAACACAGUUGAGAAUCAGUCGUGGCGAUGGGGGCGAAUGCCGCCGCAUUGGUAUGUCUCGCGUGCACUUCCACGCGCCCUCUUGCUCGCCUAUCCGCCAUUGCUCCUUCUGGUGUGCCUGGCGUGGUGGAGUGUGUGCUGUCGACGCCCUACAAAUACGAACAUGACUCCAUCAUCAUUAUUCUCUCGGCCGUCACAUUUUCGCCGACUCUUCUCGCUUUGGGUGGAUGUGAGUGUGCGGCACCGCGUAUUGCUAAUUCCCGGAAGUCUAUUUGUGGCUUUGUACAGCAUGCUGCAUCACAAGGAGAUCCGUUUCAUCAUGGUGGCGUUCCCGUGGCUUCUGGCACCGGUGGCAGCCGCUGUCUCAUUGUCAUUGAAUGAGUUCAUCUUGGCGCCGACGCCUUCUCCAGUGGUGAAUGAGGUGAAGAAGACAACUCUAGCUGAGAAGUCCAUGACUACCACCAUCACUAGUAGUAGUAGUAGUAGUAGCAGUAGUAGUAGUAUUAGUAGGAUUAGUAGUAGCAAAAACAAGAAAUCUGGUUGGAAGGUAGGUGUCGUUGUUACGCUUCUGGCGUUUUACGCCUUGCAGCUGGGGACGGUGAUAAUAUCUGUGCACAUGAGUAUGUACAACUACCCCGGGGCCGAGGCGUUAGAUCGUCUGCAUGAUAUCAUCACAGAAGACAUUCAGAACGCAUCCUCCUGCACAAGCAGGUUGCGAUUGGGGGAGCCGGACAAGAUUGCUUCCGUCACGUUGUUCAUUGAUGCAUACGCGGGAAUGACAGGCAUCAAUCGCUUCCAGAAGAAACAUAACCUGCAGCGUUCGUGGAGGGGCGGCGAGUGGGCUGCAGACUCUGGUGAUGCACCGUACACCCUUCAACACCGGCUUGCUGCCCUUGUAGUGCUGCCGCUCGCCGUGCAGUUUCGGGUUGUGGAAGAAAAGGAUCCCAAUACGGGGCGCUGGCGUGAAUAUAACUUUGUUGACACAACUAGUCUUCAACCAAGUGUUUUUGACCUUGAUCAUGCCGCUGAUGGUGCUGCAGUUAACAGUGGCGACCUGUUUCCGGGGGCUGUGCGGCUUCGGUACAGCAAAGACCCCUCGCUGUUUGAUGAGGAGCAUGACGUGUACCGUAGUGACGGGCUCGACUACCUGCUGGUACGGUACUCACAACGGGAGCUUCACCGUCAGCGCGGGGAAUUUGAGGAAAUUUUCACAGUGCAUUUACCGAGUUGGACAGCGUUGACGAGACGUUGGAUGAGACGCUUGACGUUCUUAAAGCAGAAGUCUGUUGCUAUUGAAGAUACGGAGGGAGAGCCAUUUCUUUUGGCGCUGCGACGUCGCUGCUAG